UUGCUUUCAUUGAAUGAGGGGUGGACGGUCUAGGUGAAUGUGUAUACAUGUGCAUUGUGGGAUAUCAAAGAUGUCAGCCACCAUGGACAACCAACGGUCUGCUAACGUGGAAGUUAUUUUAAGCAUCCUCAAUUUUCUAUGCAUUGCACCAAAUAUUUUCGUUAAAGUACCUCAGAUGCGGAAUAUAGUCAAAACAGGAAGUGUCAGAGGGCUCAACCUCAAAGCCUUCAUGAUGGAGACCGUUGUUUACAUGGUUGGAAUGCUGUAUUAUUUCACCAAUGAUUUCCCAUUCCUGGCCUAUGCAGAGUACGUAGCUCUUGAAAUUCAAGCCCUGUUCAUGGUUCUGAUCUUCCUACACUAUGCAGAUGAUUUGGACGUCAGGAUAUUGCCAAUCGCUGCUUUAUUUUUUCUUGUGACGGCCAUCAUAGGGUCAGGUUCUAUGCCGGUGUCCAUUAUUUCUUUCCUCUUUUCAAUGAAUAUGCCUCUCCAAGCAGGCAGUAAACUGUUAGCACUCAACACCAUCUAUAGAGCAAAGAACUCAGGAUCAGCUAGCUUACUUAUGUGGUCUAUCUCAGGGCUUACAUCAACAGGUCGUAUAGCAACUACUCUCAUGACCAAACCUGACUUAUUAGUGCUCACCAACUUCACAGUGGCGGCAUGUCUAAGUUUCACCGUGUGCUGUGCAAUCAUCGUCUACCGUCCCAGCGAGAAGAAGUUUGAGUAGAUGGGAGACCCCUCGGACAUUCCAACCAAUCAUUCCGACCUAUCAAAGAAGCCCCGCGGGUGAAAUUUCGAUUAGCUAAAUCUUGUCAUUGGAAGUAUGUGUUCAGGUUUGUGUCACUUCUCUCCAGUAAUGUGCCUUAACACUGCAGCUGACAGUAUUAUAUCUCUACCCUACCAGGGGGUGUUUCACAAAGAUCCUAAGUUGAACUUAUCUCUAAGUUGGACUUAACAUUUAUAGAAAGCCGUU